AUGAAAGUAAAUUUUGGACUUGGCUCGAUCAAAACUCUUAUCAGCAACUACCAAAAGCCAAAAAGCGACAGGGAAAAUUCUAACUCAGAGAUAACCAACGCCAAUAUGCAGAAGCUAUCUAAGCACGGAAGAUCCCAAUCAGUUGAAAAAAUUCUUUUUAAACGAAGAAUCCAUAGUAUUGAAAACUCUGAUAGAGAUUUAUCUAGCAGGUAUCAUAUUUCUUACAAAACACAAUCAAAUUUUAAAUCACUUGACAUCCCACUCAAACAGUUAUUGAGAAGCAGCUCUACUGAGCUCAAACCAAGCGUAGAGAUUGCCAUGGUUUUUAAUAAAGCUCAGGAAAUAGUGAAAAGCGAAAAUUGUGAUAAUCCUUUCGAAAAAAUCAAAAUUAUUUUAUAGACUUUUAAUAAGAAAUACAAUCUGAGUCACAGAAAUAGGCUUAUUUUCUAUAAAAGUUGAUAUGAUUAUUUGGAGAAAUGCACUUUAAUUUUUGGAAUAUUAUAAAAUUAUUUGAUUUAAUUAUAAAUGAAGACAAAUGCUAUAAAAACGAAAUGAUGCUUAUAAGAGAAGAAAUAAAUAAAGCAAUAUUUGCGAAUAAAAGAGAAAUUCAAACAGAAAUUCUUGAACAGUCGUUAGAUAAGCAUUGAGAUAUUCUUAAAGAUUUAACUGAAGAGAUUCCGUAUUUUUAUAUUUAUGACAUCGCUGUAAAAUCAAGUGAAGAAAAAAGGAAAAUUAUGAAACAAAAUAAGCUAAAAGGACGAAUAAUAAAAGAAAAUUUUGAAAAAAGUCUUAAAGAGAAAGAUGCAGUAAUUAAUAAUUUGAAAGGAGAAAUCGAGAUAUUAAUAGGAAAAUUAGAAAAAUUGGAAUACGAAGCCAAAGAAUUUUUAGGUGAAAGAAUUGCAUUAGAAAACCAAUUAAGCAGAGCGUUCAAAAAAAUAAAUGAUUUAAAUUCAGCAUUAGAAAGCCAAGAAGAUAUUAUUAGUGAAUAUGACAAAAUUAAGUACGAAUUACAAGAAACACUGAAAAAAACUCAAAUUUUUUCUAACGAAAUGGAAACAAAGUUAUUUACGCUUCAACAACAAAACCGUGAAAUUAAAUUUCAAUAUGACAGCUUAUCCGAUUCAUUUAAAACGUGCCUAUUAAAAUUAAAAAUUGCUUAUAAAGAAAAUCAAGAUUUUGAAGCAAUAAUUUCUAACUUAGAAUUGCAGAACUCAGAACUAUAUAUUCGUGCAGCAGCUGGAUUUGAAGAACUAACACCAAGACCCGAUUUAUCAGAAGCAUUCGAAGAGGUUGAGAUCGAAAUGCCUAAGGCGACAACACAAGAUAAAGUGCAAAUAUUAUGUACUUAUAUAAAAAAAUACAAAGAAAAAACAUUUGACAGUCCAAAGAAAAAAGGCAGAUCAACCCCAAACAAAAAACAUAAGCGAAGACCAAGCAAUUUGUCUUCAAUCGGCGAAGAUAUAAAAAAGUCAGUAUUAGACUCCUCCCGUAUAAGUAGCAAUAAUUCUUAA